AAAAUCAUGUUAUUAGUUUAUUAGGUUUAAGGAAAAUGAAAUUGAGAGGUUGGGAAUGAAGAAUUGUUACAAAUUAAUUACAAUACAGAGAUGAUAAGAAAUAAAACAGAUGAGAUAUAUAGGAAUUAAAGUCAUGCUUUCUCCCACCCUUAACCCUGAUCCACCUCCGGCGGCGCCCAGUCUCCCACCUUUAAGCUCGGUGCACAAUAAGGAUGAGGUAAUGCAAGGCAAGCCCACUGGCUCCACUGAUCCGCCAAAGUCGUUCCGAGACACCCUCCUUGACGGCUCUGCACCAAAAUCGCUGCCGAUGGUGACAUAUGAGGAACUAGUUGAGGCAAAUAUUACAGAAGCAUCCCCUAUGGCGGAGGAUGGAGUAGAUCCAACAAAGGAAAAGGUUCCGAAGGUGAAAAUCCCCCAGGCUAUUUGGCAGCGCCUGUGUGUGCCGUCAUCAUUAAGCUUCUGGGGAAAUCUAUUAAUUUCCACAUUCUCCAUGCUAGAUUACUAAAGGAAUGGAAAACGGAGCAUGAGUAUGAGGUUAUAGAUGUUGGAAUGGGAUACUUCAUUGUAUGGUUUGCCACCCAGGAGGAUUGCUCAAGGGUUCUGUUAGAAACUGAAAAGAAGAAGAAUGGUUUAUUGCUUUCUUGAAUAAUACUGUAUGUACAAUGACCUAUAUCUAAGUGCUUAUAAACAGUAUGUUUUAAG